AUUUGAAGUUCCGCAUAAUUUUUUCUUGUAGUUUUUUUUUUCAAUCAAAUUUCAACACAGAUUUGUUUUAACAAUGCCACAAGAAAUGAACGUUUUGUGUUGCUAUUCUUGCAAAAUGUACCAAGUACAUAUAGUUAAAAAAGCACCCAAGUGGAAUUGCAAGUUGUGUAAUGCAAAACAAUCUAUACAGCAGGUAUAUUUUCAAGGAUCUGGACGAGAUUGUCGUCUUCAUGUCCAACAAUUGAAUGCUAUGAAAGCAAAUAAUACAUUCUUUAUAUCUUCUGAACAAGAUGAUGCUUGUGACACAUUUGCAAACAUUUCUGAAGAAGCGGCCAGUAACAAGAUUGCUGAGAAUAAAUGGACAAAAUAUUUGGAAUCAUCAGAGACAGGAAAUUUAGAAGAUGUAGAAGAUUUCAUUUUUAAUAAGAAAGUCGACAAUAUAACACCAGGUUCCAGUCGACCACACAGCGAGACAAAUGGAUACUUCAUGCCGAAAGUUCGUACGUCCAGCGAGCGCUCAAAAGUAAAUUAUUUUAAAAGCGCGUAAUUGAUUCCGACGUGUCUAAUUUCGCACGAAAUCGUUUCUAUCGCGACGGCCAAGCUGAUCGAACCGCCCGUCCUAAUGUCGGCUUUAAUUGACACGCAAAAUCGGCGAACGAUAAGAUAAUGCUUUCAUGGAAAAAUUAAAUUAGGAAAAAUUUUAUUUAAUUUAUAAUUUUUAAAUUCAAGAAAUACAAUUUGCCAUUAAAUUUUCUCUCCUUUUUUUAUUGUCUGAAUUUCUCUAUUGUCAAUCAUCAAAUACAGAACAAUAGUUGCAUCUAUUCUUAUAUAAUGAUAAGUUCACAAAAAAUUAUCAAGAUUAUAAGUUGAAUUCAGAUAUUUCUUUAAUCAUAUAUAUUGCUAUGAAUUUAUCUUUAUAUA